GAUUGUGUAUACAUAGUGGCUUAUAUUUGCCGUGCAGUAUAUGGAUUUAGAUGCGAUUAUUUGGUGUACCAUAUCAGUUUAUGGUCGACGCGUAAAUAUUUAAAUGUGGGUGUUUACAUUUAAUUUGAUUACAACACAAAUACAGGAGAAUGUUAAUAGCAUAUUCUGAUGCCUACUCGCAACUGCGACCACGCAACGUUUGCCGGAAGGAGAGGCGACCGGGAGCCAGGGAGAGGCAUUCGACCCAACGACUGCGCUGGAGCGAUGAUCGUCAAGGCAAAACGCAACCGGCAACGCCGUCGGCACAUCCGGCGGAGCCGUAUGCGCCGUCGUACAGUCAUGAGUCUGCCAUCAGAGACUUCGCCCAAGUCCAGACUCAACGUGAACUAAAGCCGGAAAUAGCGGCGGAGGUGACGUCACAAUAUCGAGAGCCAUCCACUAUAGAGGAUAUUCGCAGAAGCAUGCAGCGAACCGCUCGAGUCCAGUCCGCGCUGCCGCAGCGAGUUCCGGCCUGGAUGUUGGAUUUAGACAUCAACCUUGACAUUUCGACUGCUGACGUAAUGCCUCCAUUUGAUGAUGACGAAGCUAAUUUGAAAUCUCGUGCUUCCGACACGUUCUCGCAACGGGCCUCGUGGACAUUUCUUGAUAACGAGUCAGACGACGAUACUAAAAGCGUUGAUAAUAUCGCUGUUCCGGUUUUGUCCAAGAAAUCUUCGAUUAAGACUGGCGAUUUUGUAACGAUCAAGGCGUCCAGGGUUGGAGAAUAUAGCGAACAUAUUGAUACCACCAGUUGGCCGAAUAAAAACGAAGGCAAACGCCCGAUGUCCAAUACAUUCCGGAUCGCAAAGCCCUUUGUAACCAGCAAGACAGAUAUAUCCGAAAGUCCUAGGCGUUACCAAGGCGACAAGAAGGUGAUGUCGAUGCAGCAAGGGGGCAUUAGAAGCACGCCAAUGCAGCCAAAGUCAAAGAAGUACAUCAAUCAGAUGAUCACCUUUCAUCACAUGCGCCAUCACGACAAGAAGAUCCGUGUAGCAAAAGCGGCCAUUGACUCCGGAAUGCCCUCCACGUUCAAGUUUGCGCUUGAGCGGAAACGUUUAGUUGAUCAACGACUUAGUGAUUCUUGGCGACGAUCCAGCGAAAACAUUUCUCCUGGGAGUAACCGGAAGUCACAGACCGCUGACCGGAAGUCGACGUCAUCAAAUGAAGACAAAACGCCGCGAAAAAGCAGCGAUCAUACGAAAACAAGAUAGUGUUGCUAGUUUGGCUCGAUUGGUCAUUGUCGGCUCGAGUACCACUUAAAUGUACACCGGGUACUCUAAAGUAUAAUUAAAUAAACCCCGGGUACGGAAUAUAAACUAAAACGUAUCCGGCCCAAAUCCGAUGUCGUAAAACGCGCCACGAAAUAAGAAAUACAAUGGUCCUUGAACAAACCUGCCUCAAAAAGCUUUGUGAGUACAAGUUUCGAUAACAUGGAGGCCAUUUUACAAAAUAUUUACAUAAAUAUGAACACAAUCCAUUUGGAAAAAAAGCCGACAACGACCAAUUUUGCGUUAGAAUUCCCGGGGACGUUUUAGUAUGUUUUCCGUACCAAGGGUAUAUUUAAGUAUAAUACUAGUACCCGGUGUACAUAUAAGAAGUACCCGAGCCGACCAUGACCAAUCGAGCGCCAUUUUGUGGCAGUGACUAUCGAACACGCUACUUUGUGCGCAUGGAUACAACAAACUCGUGCAUUUAUGUGUGAUCUUACUUCUUUUCGGCGUGCUGUCUUACCCAGAUUUUGAUCUUUCUCGAUGGCCUAUUGAAUGACAGAGACAUUUCCCGCCAGUAGACACGAGUGAAUAAAUAUUUACACAACUUUGGCUAAUGGGAAUAAAAUACCCCAAAGCAUU